AUGCUUCAUCACAUUGAGUUCAAAUGGUCAAGUAUAUAUAGCAUUCAUGGUUUACGAAAUCGUAUUGUACGAAUAUUACUUCAAACAUUUCAUAGUGAACGUUUACCACUUGUUGGUUUAUGUGAAAUGGAUCAAAAAACAAUUGAAGAAUUAGUGUUUCCUAUAAUAAGAACACUUGGUUAUCGAAUUAAAUAUAUUCCACCAACUUAUCAUACAUCACAUUCAACACCUGAUGACCAUGAACAUUUUAAAGAAGAACUUAGUAAUUUUUAUGGAGAACGUUUAUAUACACAAGUUACUCAACUUCGUCAACAACCAAGAUCCACAAAGAAACCUACGCAAAUUGAAACUUCUACAUAUUCGAAAACAGCUGUCGACCAUUGUUCAUCACCAGUUAUUAUGAAUAAUUUACAUAAUAAUAAAAGUUUUUAUUCAACACGAAGUUUAAGUUAUUCCGAUAUGGAUUUAUCACAAUAA